CGGACGGAACCACGACAACAACGGCCGCUACACAACUUCACUCCUGCGGUCUGUUCUGUAACCGACCUGCUCCGCUUCUUCACGGACGGUCACACGUUCGAGGAGGCGACACUGCCCCCUGCCGCCCGCUCCGGGGAGAGUUACCACCAGCAGACGGCAGGUGUCGCCCCCCCCCCCCCCCAGUUGCAUGCCGGGAAGCGGAUGAUGGCUGCGGGCUGUGCGGAGGAAUGAAGCCGCUGACCGCUGCCUGUCGCCCCGCUGAAGCUCGCUCCGUGCGGCCUCAGGUGUUUCAGCAGAGCGGAGCUGUCGGUGUCACUGAGCUAUGAGGAGCGCUGCUGUCCUGUUGCCUCCAGGCGUCCUGGCUGUCCCACUAUGCUGUGUUUGUCCACUGGGUGGCGCCUCCUGAGCCGAGCUCACCGCCGCCCCCGCCCCGCCGCCCAGUCUGUCACCAUGUAUGCCGCCCGCUUCUACAGCACCGCAGGGGGAGGGGCAGGAGGCGGGGUCAAACAGGGGAGAAGGUCGGGGCUGGCCGUGAUCGAGACGCCCCACCCCCCUCACCCACACCACCCUCACCCGACUCCCCCGGCCUACCAUCUGUACCAGGGACGCCCCGACACCCACCGAGGACCACACUUCCACCACCACUUCCACUCGCAACCCACCCACCUGGCCCCGCCCCCUUUACCCCCCCAAUACCAACACCAUACCCACUUCCACGCGUACGGAGGGGGCGUCCCGGGUGGAGGGGCUGCCGCCCCCGGCACCAAAAAGAAGACGUGGAACUUCAUCCACGAGAAGAUGAGCUACGACACGUUCUUCACCAUGAAGCGUCUGAUCGAGCGUUCGCGGCGGCCCGACGAGGUGCUGCGCUGGGUCACCCAGAACCCAGGAAAGAUCUCCCACAACCACUACCCAGUUGCUCUGCAGAAGAUCGGACAGCUGCUGCAAGCCACGCCCCCAAUGCGACCUGGAGCAGACGAGGGCGACGUCUCGGGAGGAGGAGGCGGAGACGAACGUCAGAUCCUGGAGCAUCAGGACUUUCAGACGCUCUGUAGCGCCAUCAUCAACGACUGCGCCAAGUUCGACAACUUCAGUAUCGUCAACUGUUUGUACGCUGUGGCCGCGCUCGGUCUGCCCAGCGACUCUCAGGUGGUCCAGGUGUUGGAGGUGGAGGCUCAAUCCAGACUGAACCAGUUCAACCAGAAGGACGUGUCCAUGGUGUUCAGCUCCAGUAUGAAGCUCCACCCGGGGAGUCAGCACCCCCUGACCGAGGCCUGCCUGGCCGGCCUGGAGAAGAAUCUGGAGAGAGAGCGCCACCCGCAGACGCUCUUCCUCCUGCUCUCGUACUAUCGACUCAAGUGGCGCUCGCUGCAGCCGCAGGAGCCCACCGCCGCUGUAGGCGGCGCUGCAACCACCGCCGCUACCACCAACAACACGCCUCCAAACCAAGAACAGCUGCACGCCAACAGGAAGAUCCUGCGUCUAGUCAAACACACUCUGGCGAGUGUCAGCGGUGUCCGUGACCAGGAGAUGGUGCUGCUGGACGAGAUGCUGGCGGCGUGCGCUCAGGAGGCGAGCAACAAGAGUCUGGAGUUGAUCUUCAGCUCUCACCUGUUCUACCAGAACAGACAGGAGAAGUUCAUCAGCAGCCUGGCAGUGGAGCUGCCGAAGAAGGUGGACAGCAUCACGCCGUACACGAUGGCUCUGAUCGCCAAGUACAUCGCUCGCCAUCGCCUGCGUGAGACCCGACUGCUCGACGCCAUCGCAGACUUCCUGGUGAAGAAGGCGGAGUACCUGGACAGUAAGGUGAUCCAGAAGCUGGUGUUCCCGUUCAGCAGGAUGAGUUACCGUCCGUCCAACGAGCAGCAGUUCUUCUCUCGGUUGGAAGAGGUGGUGGAGCUGAAGGCGCUCAGUUCGCCGCUCGCAACUGUCAACAUCCUCAUGUCUCUGUUCCAGCUGGGUCACUUCCCAGGCCUGGUGCUGCACCGGGUCUUCUCCUCUGCCUUCAUCAGCAACGUCACGAAUAGUCCGUACGCUCUGAUCGUCCGGAGGUACCUGUCCCUGCUGGAUGCCGCCGUGGAGCUGGAGUAUGACCAGUACACCGGACCUCGGCUGCAGGACGCCCACAAGGUUCUGAUGUUCGACCACGCCCUGACCGCUGACGAGGUCAACCGCAAGUACAGUUAUAAGGGUCUUGUUGCGGAGGCCUUACGUCAGCUGGUUGGAGAACAGAACUACAAACAAGACGAAGUGCUCGCCCCUGGAUACUACACAGACUUCGUUCUGUGGAUGGACGGUUCUGGUCGGGUUCUACCCAUCAGGACCGGAGCUGCUCCGUCGCUGAGCGUAGCCGUGGCAACCAAGCCGGCUGAAGGCGUGGUUGCUGUGGUGACCUCAGAGUUCCAGAGGUUCUCUCCCUUUGGGGCGCUGGAGGAGGGCGGCGAGCAGCAGGUGGGCGGGGCUGUGGAGCCCAGCUCCUUCUUACCCCACCACAUCCGCAGCACAACAGGGGCCCCGGGGUCUUCGGGGGCCCCUCGGCCCGGGACUAACGGUGGUCCCCUGGACUACGGGCCCUACUUCGUCCCUGCAGCCGAGUUCUACUCCGGUCUGGCCAAGGAGCAUUCUCUGGAGAGCCAAGACAGCUCCACGCUCAGCAGCCCCCCCUCCGACGGCCUGGCCCCGCCCGGGGCUCCAGGACCCGCAGGGGCCGCGGCCCCCGACUCUCUCUUCCAGUUUUCCAUCGGGAAGAUUCUGGAGGACGAGGCGGGGACAGGGGCCCCUGAGAGCCAGGGACCAGACUGUGAGCUUCCGGGGUUCUACGAGGACGUGACAUAUUCUGAGGGGUCAGGGGUCGACAGGCGACCCUCGUCACCGCCACAGCUCCACCCCCCCGAUCGACCGGACCCCGACACCCCUUCGACUGACCACAGAGUGGUCAGGAGGGUCAUCAUGUCCGUCAAUGACAAGUGGCACUACUGCCACAACUCUGACGUGCUGGUUGGGUCCAGGGCCAUGAGGGACCGACACCUGAGGCUGCUGGGAUACGUCAUCGUCCAGCUGCCGCAUCACGAGCUGGAGAAGCUGAACGGCAUUGAGGAGGUGAAGCAGUACCUGCACAAGAAGCUGCUGGACGUCCCACUAUGACACUGUGUGUGUGUGUGUGUGUGUGUGUGUGUGUGUGUGUGUGUGUGUGUGUGUGUGUGUGUGUGUGUGUGUGUGUGUGUGUGUGUGUGUGUGUGUGUGUGUGUGUGUGUGUGUGUGUGUGUGUGUGUGUGUGUGUGUGUGUGUGUGUGUGUGUGCGCGCAUUAUUAGUUAUUGAUGAAUCUUCAAAUGAUUUUCUUUAUCAAUCUGUGAGAACAUGAUGAUUGAUCAGAACCAGAUGAUUAAACAAUAAAGAAUAUCGAUGUGUUCUCACCUCUUUCCAAA